AUGCAGGAAAGUGCUUACAACUCAGAUCAUGGAACUUGUACAGAAGGUGGUGAUGGUUUCUCAAAGAUAUCUUCCAUCAAUCUUAGACCUUUGGAUCUUUCUGACAUAGAUGCUUUCAUGGUAUGGGCGACAGACAAAAAGGUGCCUAUUUUUUGCACUUGGGAACCUUUCACCAGCAAAGAAGAUGGCAUAAACUACAUCAGAGAUAAGGUGAUCCCUCACCCCUGGUUCAGGGCAAUCUGUAUUGACAAUACCCCAAUUGGCUAUGUUUUGGUGACACCCAAUUCGGGCAAUGAUCAAUGUAGAGCAGAACUCGGUUAUGGUCUGGGGUCCAAGUAUUGGGGUAAAGGAAUUGCAACCAUGGCUGUGAAAAUAGUUGCUGAGACCAUAUUCAAAGAGUGGCCACAUUUGGAGAGGAUUGAAGCUUUGGUAGAUGUGGAAAAUAUAGGUUCUCAUAGGGUUCUUGAGAAAGCUGGGUUUCAAAGAGAAGGGAUUCUUAGGAAGUACUUCUUGCUCAAGGGAAAUUGUAGAGACAUGAUAAUGUUUAGUUUCCUUUCUACCGAUUCUAACACUUUACUAUAGUUUGUUCUAUCAUGUAGUUUUUUUUUUAGUGAAGUUAAAAUUUAGUUUAUAAUAAAGAAGCCAAUCAAAGGACUUGGAUUGGGUUUU